GGGCCGCCCCCCCCUUCUCCCUCCCCUCCCCUUGCAGCCUCCCGUCUGGGAGCCGGGCCCGCCGCGCCCGCGUCCCCGGGGAGGGUGUCCGGGCCCGGGGCGUCGGGUCCCGCGGCCACCCGCGUUAGGACGCGCUCGCUCUUGUAUUUCCAGUCCCUGCUCUCUGGUGCCGCGUAAUAAACCUAAUCGAUUUAGGGAUUAGGGCACGCUCUCCGUUGACUUUAAACUUUCGUGCUAGUAAAGCCUUGGCAAUUUAGCUUAGGAAUUGAAGCGUAGAAAGUCCUCAGAACUUGAAAGAAUGGAGUCUUCCGUGAUCCGUGGCCAACAUCUAGAAAGAGCAUCAAAUAGAGGCUUGUGAUCGGUAUUAGAUAUCGGGCUGGUAAAAUGUAAAACUUCUGUGUCUUAUUUUUGAAGAGGGCUGAACGUCCGCCUGGUUAUCUCAACUGUGCUACAUGUUUGCUUAGCGAUUAAAAAGGCUGGAGCAUUGGAUUUGCUAAAGGAGCUUAAGAAUAUUCCUAUGACCCUGGAAUUACUGCAGUCCACAAGAAUCGGAAUGUCAGUUAAUGCUAUUCGCAAGCAGAGUACAGAUGAGGAAGUUACAUCUUUGGCAAAGUCUCUCAUCAAAUCCUGGAAAAAAUUAUUAGAUGGGCCAUCAACUGAGAAAGACCUUGACGAAAAGAAGAAAGAACCUGCAAUUACAUCGCAGAACAGCCCUGAGGCAAGAGAAGAAAGUACUUCCAGCGGCAAUGUAAGCAACAGAAAGGAUGAGACAAAUGCUCGAGAUACUUAUGUUUCAUCCUUUCCUCGGGCACCAAGCACUUCUGAUUCUGUGCGGUUGAAGUGUAGGGAGAUGCUUGCUGCAGCUCUUCGAACAGGGGAUGACUACAUUGCAAUUGGAGCUGAUGAGGAAGAAUUAGGAUCUCAAAUUGAAGAAGCUAUAUAUCAAGAAAUGAGGAAUACAGACAUGAAAUACAAAAAUAGAGUACGAAGUAGGAUAUCAAAUCUUAAAGAUGCAAAAAAUCCAAAUUUAAGGAAAAAUGUCCUCUGUGGGAAUAUUCCUCCUGACUUAUUUGCUAGAAUGACAGCAGAGGAAAUGGCUAGUGAUGAGCUGAAAGAGAUGCGGAAAAACUUGACCAAAGAAGCCAUCAGAGAGCAUCAGAUGGCCAAGACUGGUGGGACCCAGACUGACUUGUUCACAUGUGGCAAAUGUAAAAAGAAGAAUUGCACUUACACACAGGUACAAACCCGUAGUGCUGAUGAACCAAUGACAACAUUUGUUGUCUGUAAUGAAUGUGGAAAUCGAUGGAAGUUCUGUUGAGUUGGAAGAAUUGGCAAAAUAUCUGGACCAUUAAGAAAACGGAUUUUGUAACUAGCUUUAAACUAGGCCAAGCAACUAGUUUUCCUGCAAAUCAAAUUUUUAAAGCAACUUGGGUUAGACUUUGUUUUUGACCUAACAUCCCUUCCUUAAAUGCCUUCUGUAGUUUCAGAUCAGUAGGGAGACCAUAUAAUAAUUUUAUGGUACCUGUUUCAAAACAUAUUUUUUCUGUUUUUAUAAGUAAGUUGAUAUUAAUUAAACUCUUGGCAAUAUUUCUUCUUUCUUAAAGGAAAAUAUACCUUAACUUUUUUUCUUUUACACUUUGAAACAUACACAGUAGAAAUUCUGUUACUCUCUGUUAUUAAUACAUAAAUGAAAAUACAUUUUUUUUCCAUACUGGCAUGUAGCUACAAAUAUUAAAGGAGGAGAAAAGGUAAUAUAAUUUUAGAUUUACCAAAUAUGGUGUGUAUUCAAAAAAUACUUGACCAGUUUAUCUAAAAUGUACAUAAUUUUGAGGUAGCUUAUGAAUUUGAUUUUAAUUAUUAUGUUCACAAGCUUGGAAUAUUAGAUAUUAUUUUGCAUCUGUAACUAACCGUGAUCAUCAUUUCUUGUAAUUUCUUGUACAUGUAUAUUACUUGUUCUUAAUAGAUUUUUGGAAACAAGACUUUAUUGAGAUGAGUUUGGUUUUCCUGUUAAUUUACCUGUUUGACUUUAUAAUGUGUUUUAGUUUUGCAGAAGAACACUGUUGUAGUUUAGAAGGCUUUUCAUAAAUCCCCUCAUAGGCAAAGAUGAAAACUUCCCACUAUUUUUUUCCCCUCUUAGGAAGACAUACUGGAAAGAAAAUGUUUAGCAUCUUAGUGUAGUAUAGCUAUUGUAAACAGUUCAUGACUAGAUUUUGAUUCGGAAAUCUAUACUGACCAAGGAUUAAUCUUAAGGAUUGUAUAAUUCAUUAAAGCUGUGGUCUUUCCAUGUGGAGACUGAUAGAAAAUAAUUUUGUCCCAAGUCUUAUUUGCUGACUUUUUCUGUCAAUGAGUGAGAUUGUUGAACAAACUGAAUAUAUGGGCUAUAGCAAGUAGCUUUACAGUACAGAUCUUACAAUUAAGUUUUGCUUUUGUUAAAGUGUGUACCAUUUUUUCUGUUUGGAGUAAGACAAAAAUUGUUUUGACAUAGGUUCCCUAGGGUACACUUGCUCUAGCAUACUUUAAAGGCCACUGUUGCAAAGUCUACAUUUUAUGCUGAAUCUGCAUUCUGUCAGGCACCCGUAGAAAGACCUCAGUACAUGCUUUGCACUCUCCUUUGCUCCCUUUUUCCAAUUUCUUAUUGCAUAUCAUUUUGUUGUAAUACAGAAAGCAGCAUUUUUAAAUGUCCAUGUUAAGAAUUGGCCCACUGGUACCAACUCACCUCUAUUUUGUCAGUUCAUAGUUGAAGAUUUUGUUUUAUUUCAAAAACAAAGUACAUUUUUGAAAUAAUGUUUCAGAAUAAAAUAAUCUCACUUUUAAAUUAAGUGAUCCAUUUUAAAAUUUGUAAUUCAAUAAAGUUUUUUUUGUUGUUAAACAUA